AUAAAACAUAUAUCUUUUAUCUCUGCGAUAAGAAACUCGCAAAAAGGUAUCAAUGUUCACAUAGGUAUAUGGUACAUCAUUUUCAUUGUGUACAUAACGAAUAUAUUAGCGCGUCUGGUAUAAUGAAUUUGGUGAAUGAAGUUUGUGAUUUAUUACAGUGUCACACCAACCGCGAUAAGGUGGUGAGUUUAGCGAGCUACAUACUGAAAUUAUGGGGCGCUACGGCGGAGAGGAAGGACUUGUUAACAGCAAGCGCGCGGCUGGCGAGCGCACGCGCAACGCUGCGCCUGUUCGACGACCCAGCCGCGCUCAAGAAUAUGCUCGCCUACGGGCUCGGGGAAAAGGACGGCCCGCUGUGGGGUACGUUGGGAGUGGCAAACGGGGUGCUGACACUGGCAUACCUGCAGGCUGAGAAGGUGGUAUGGUAUAUGGAAGCAGGCAUGCUGACGCUGUCCCCGGUGAACGGCGACCGCGCCAGAAUCGCGCACAAACUGUUCUGGUCGCUGUCAGCCUUCGUGGGGUUUGUUAGGUCUGUACGCGCUCUUCACCAUGCGGCGUCAGUGCUGAAAUCCCCCGGUCAUUCUCGUUGCGCCGGCGCUCGGUUAUCCACCGCUCGUCUUACCUCCAUCAAACUCCUCCUAGACGUUGUACACGCGGUGAGCUGGCUGCCUCGCGGUUGGUUAUGGGGAGGGGUUCUACCCCAGAACCGCGUCGCUGCCGUCGCGAUCGCGUCCGCUGUGUUGGCCUUGGUCAUACAUUACAAGACGAAGAGGUUAGCUGUGCCAGCUAAAUGAUCGUCUGAGUUGUCUACAACGAGUGUUUAUGUUAAAAUGAGCUCGAAAAAGUCGACGAGUGAUUUUGAUGUUCAGCAAAAUGUGUGGGUACUGAAUAAUAUUCUCAAGUGUAUAUUUAAUCCUAGAUUAAUUAUUUUAAUAAAAAUUAUAAUAAAACUAGUUUUAACGGGUUAAUGCAC